GCCCUUCCUGCAAAGCGCGGCAGCGCAUAUAUAGCCUUGGCCCAAUUCUUUUUCCUCUGCUUAACGCCAGGAGAGGGGGGGUGUGGUUCGGCCGCCGCUUGCAAGAGUGCGCGGCGAGGUGGUCCCUGCAGCUCGGAUGGCUUCGCCGGACAGCGGCCUGGGCGACGACAGCUUCUCUUCCCCGCUCCUGCCCGCCCCGCCGAGCAUCCUGCAGCAGGAGCUGCGCCAGCUGAAUGACCGCCUAGCCGCCUACCUACCGCGCGUCCGCGGCCUGGAAGCCACCAGGACGGCGCUGCAGCUCCGCUUGUCCGCAUCCGAGGAGGGCAGUCGCCGCGAGGUGGGCGUCUUACGGAGGGCCUACGAGAGGGAGCUGGCCGCGGUGCGCGAGGAGCUCCACGGGCAAGUCCGGCAGCGCGCCGGUCUGCAGGUGGAGCUGGAGACCCUCUCCGAAAAGCACAGGCAGCUGCUCGCCAGGAAUUCUAAAAAUGAGAAUGAUUUAAGCCUGGCAGUCGCUCGUGUGAAAGACCUCGAUGCUCAGCUCCGCUGCAAAGAGGCCGAAUUGACGACAUCCUUGAGUAGACAGCAGAGCCUGCAGAACCAUCUUCAAGAGUCAGUGCGUGAAAUCAGCUCUCUCAAGGUAAUGGUGAAUCAUUUCAAAAGCCAUCUUCAAAAUGAGCUGUUGAAGAGAACAGAUAUAGAAAACCAAAUGGAAACCCUGAAGAAAGAAGUAAUAUUUCUAAAGAACAUCCAUGAAGACGAGCUAAAGAACAAGAAGCAGAUCUACGAGAGCAGGAUUCGAGAAAUAGAGUCUCACCAUCACCAGGAAUUGGAGAGUAGGCUGUUGAAUGCUCUCAAAGAGCUCAGACAGCAACACGAACAACAGAUUUGCGCGUAUAAAGAUCAGGUGCAGCAAAACUUCAGUGCCAAAAUGGAAAACAUUCAGCGUUCUGCAGCAAGGAGUAGUGAUAUCACCAAAGCUGCUGAGGAGGAGCUCAGAGAAGCAAAACUGAGAGUUGAUUCUCUGAUGUCACAGGUUGCUACGUUGGAAGCCAGGAAUGGGGAUUUGGAGGCCAGAAUAAACACGUUGGAGAACACCAUUCUUGACAAACAAGGCUCAUCGAGGAGAUGCCUAGCUGAGAAGGACAGGGAGAUGGACAGAAUGCAUCAGCGUAUGCAGGCGCAGCUGGGGGAGCAUGUGAAACUGUUGGAUAUGAAGAUGGGUCUGGAUCUGGAGAUCGGUGCAUACCGGGCAAUGCUAGAAGGAGAGGAACAACGGUUAAAAAACAGGCCCAGCUCAGAAAGUGUUGGAACACUGGCAAGCACCAGUCUGGGCAGCCCUGUCCUCCCGCGAAGGAGAAGGAGGAAGCGGGCACUUUCAGAAUGCCAAGUCCACAGCGUUUGCUUCAAAACGGUCCAGCAUGCAUCAUCUUCAGGAAGUAUUUCCAUAGAACAUAUUGACAAAGAAGGGCAAUUUGUCAAAAUCAGAAACAAUUCUGAUCAGGAGCAGUCACUAAGUGGGUGGACCACAAGAAGGCAGCAUGGAAACCAGUCUGAAAUAAUGUACGAGUUUCCUGCUCGAUGUACCCUUGGGGCUGGUCAAGUACUUACAAUCUGGGGUGUGACAGAAAGUUCAAGCCCAGCUCCUGGUAUGCUUGUCUGGAAAUCUCCCAAGUCAAUGAGAGGUGGAGACAGCUUUAGGAUUGUACUUUUUGACUCUGCUGGAAACCAAAUGGCAGAAGGAAAACUCACUUAUGUAGAUUGUGGAGAAGGUGAUGGAGAAAUGGAGGUGGCUGCUGGGGAAGAAAGAAUGGAGCGUCAUAUUCAGGCAGGUUUCCUACAUGAACUCCAAAACUGAGAAAUGCCAAAUACUUGUAUUCGUAUCCAGCUGAGUUGAGCUGUUGUUGCUGCUUUUUAAAAUAGUCAAUUGAUGCAAAGCACAGUAAUGGUUAACUGCACAGUGCACUUGUUUCUCCUGACAUGCCACAUAGAUGCUGUUUUUUGGAAUGGCAAUCUUGUAAACCUUUACAGAUAACUGAAGAACCAGGGUUGUUGCUUUGGCUCCAGCCUAGCUGUAACAUUGACCUAGCUUAGCGAGAGAAGCGCUUAGCAUUCUCAAAAGAGUUUUCUGGGCCUGAAUGCGCAGCAGAACUGCCGUUUUUAGGUAAUCUCAUGGCACAUCUUAUCAA